CUUUACAUUUACAUUAGAAAACAUUUAAAGAUUAAUGUACAGGGGUGUCAAUCAAACCCUGCUUCUGGAGGGCUUCUUCCUGAACACCUUGCUACUCUACAGGAAGGUGGCCCACCAAAAGCAGAAUUACUCCUGACUGUACUGAAUGUUUUAAAUUGAAAUACUUGCUUGAUUUCUCUUUUCUGUAAGAAGUCUGAACUUAAAUUGUUGGCUGCAUGGAGUUGUUGUUGUUAUUUUCAUAUUGUCUGUAUUACUUAGUCACAUAUAGCAACUGUUCUGAGACUCUCUGAGAAUGUGAUGAUGCUCUGCGCCACUAGCGUUUGUCUUUAACAUGAGUGGAGCUGAGGAGCUGGUGAGACGAAUUCAGUAAGCAUCCCUAUAUCCUAGUCACACAGAAGCUCACACAGCUGACGAAGGAAGCGAUGAAAAACAACGCCAUUAAUCAACGACCCUUCGUGUGACGCCCCUCCCCUCAGUGUCCUUCAAGGGCGCAAAACACCGUUUGGAAUUCGACCGCAAACGAAAGUGAAAGGAAAAUAAAUAAGCGACGCCAUUCCAGGGAUUUGAAUCCCUGAUCAUAAAUAAUUAAACGUCCUCAUAUUUAGCGCUGUGCAGUUGGGUGGAACUGUUAUAGAGAAUAAGGAAGAAGAGUCGUGAGAAAGACCGAUGUAGGGUGUGUGUACUUCUGAUGAUAGAGACUUACGUCGCAUUCAAGGAACAUUUGAUCAGUUCUUGCUGUCGCUGGAUUGUGAUCAGAUCUGUUUUUUCUCUGGAUAUCUGUGAGACUGAAGUCAAUCAGGAAUGAGGGCUGCCAUCAUCAUCUUCAUCUUCAUCACUCUCUGCCUGAUCUCAGGUCAGGUACUUUGUUUCAUGUUGAUUGGAUGCGCUGGAGGGAGUUUGAUGUUCAAGUGCAUGAUCUCAAACCACACUGAAACUAAUGAACAGCAUACGAACCAGAGAAAGACUGAGGAACAGCAUAAAGGAAAUUUUUUCAGCAGACAGGAGGGAAAUAUAUCAGGCAUCAGUACUGAGAUUCAGCGUCGUUGGGUUUAUAACGGGAGAUUCGCUCUGUAUGAUGAUGGAAACAGCAGAUUCUUCACAGUGUUUAUCAGGAACCUCAGCAGAGAGGAUCAUGGGAAAUAUGCGUGUGGAAACAAUCAGAAAUGGAGUCAUGAUUUUGACUUAAAGGUGAACAACGAGUCUGGUUGUGGGAGGUCUGUUAUCCAGGACGAGUUUGUUGGACAAACGAUCUCUUUCCACUGUGAAUAUGAUGAUAAGUUUAAAUCACACACCAAAGUCUUCUACAGACUGAAAGUGGGUCCUGUCCAUGUGCUGAACAGCUCACAAUCAUCACAAUCAUCUGAGGAGAAGAUCAUUCUGUCUGACAGUCGUGAAGAUCAUUUUACUGUGACCAUUAGAGACAUUUCUGCAGACGACGGAGGAGUUUAUUUAUGUGGAGUGGAGAGAGACGGAUCAGAUCCAUCAAUUACUCACAUAACCUUCAUUAAAGAGAUUCGGCUGAAUGUUUAUAGUGAGUUUAGUUUAUUUUUAAUUAAAGAAUUUUUACAGAUCUAAAUGAGAAAAGUAAAUCCCUCCUGACUUUUAAUAAUUUAACAAAUCAACAAAUAAAUCUAAUUUUUCAGGUGGAAUCACUUCUGUCCAGGUUCAGGCCUACUCCAGUAAAUCAGUCUUCAUCUCGUGUAAAUUUCCACAAGAGUUCAGAAGAAACAAGAAAUUCAUCCAGAAAGAUUCAUCACAGAAGAUUAUUGUUGAUGAACAGAAUCGAUGGGUCCAUCAUGAUAAAGUUCACAUGUAUGAUGAUUCCAGUGAAGGACUUCUGAAGGUUUUUAUCAGUGAUUUAACAGCGGCUAAUGAAGCAACGUACAGGUGUGGAGUGAAUAUCGCUGAUGAUGAUCUGUUCACUGACGUCACACUGACUGUAAAUCAAGUUGAUCAUUUUCGUGCAUCAAGUAAAGCAUCUGCUGUUAUUGGUCAAAGUGUGAAUCUCACCUGCGAUUUCCCUGAGAAACACGGCGAGACCUUCAAACACAUCUGCAGAGAGAACGAGCAGAAGAUAUGUGAGAGCAUCAGUUCAUCAGAGCAGAAACGCUUUGAGUUUUCUGUCAGUUCAGCAGGAGUUUUUACAGUGAUCAUCAGUAAUGUGAGCGAGAGAGAUGCUGGAGUUUACUGGUGUGGAGCAGAAACCAGAGACACACAUCUGACUUCUGUCUCUCUCACCAAUCAACAUCAACUCACUGUGACCAUGCCUCCAGUGGUCGGACGUGAAGGAGAUUCAUCAGAGAUCAAAUGCCCUUAUAAUGCAAAACAUUCAAGUGAAGUAAAGCAUCUUUGCAAAGGAAAGUGUUUCACUGAAGAUGCUCAAAAUAUCAUUCGAUCAGAUGAAGCUAAAAAACCAAAGAUUUCAGCAAAGGAUGAUCCUGAACUCAAUCUCUUCACUGUGACCUUGAGUGAGCUGAGAGCAGAGGAUGCUGGGAUAUACUGGUGUGCAGUGAGAGAUGAGUUUAACCUUCACACUGAUCUCAUGAUCGUCAUGAAAGAUGCGGUCACUCGUGAAGCGUCUGUCGGAGGAUCAGUGUCCAUCAGCUGUCAGUUCUUCAGGAAUCACAUGAGGUUUUUCUGCAGAGGAGAUCAGCCGAACAUCUGUGUCCGAGACGGAGUUCGUGUUUCAUCGAAUACGAGAACAAAUGGGCGAUUCUCUGUGACUGACGAAACCUCAGCUGGAGUCUUUACUGUGAACAUCAACAACCUGACAGAAGAGGAUUCUGGGAAAUACUGGUGCGCAGAGGAGAGUUCUGGGUCAUUCAUAUUCACUGAAGUUCAUCUACAUGUGAUUGGAGAAACGACGACAUCUCACACUGAUAGAGAAACAUCCCAGGAUAAAGAAAAGUCUGAAACGACGACAUCUGACACUGAAAGAGAAACAUCCCAGGAUAAAGAAAAAUCUGAAACAUCUGACACUGAAAGAGAAAAAUCCCAGGAUAAAGAAAAGUCUGGCUCUUCUAUGAUAGUUGCUGUUUCUGUGGGUUUGAUCCUGCUGGCUGUGUGUUUAGUGCUCGUGUUGCUCAAAAUAAAAUACAACCGUAAACACGGCAUCGGUUCAUCGACUCCAGCACAAUUACCCACAAUCCCCUCUGAUGGGCUCCUGUGCACGUCUGUCAGUUUCCAGAAGCAUGAAGAGUCUCUCAGUGACGCUGCUCUCGCCUUCAGCAACGAGGAGAUUCACUCGGAUUACACCACGGUCAUUUACCACAUCGUGCCAAAUUCAUUUUAGUUCAGCCUAAAGAAACUCUGGGCUUAUUUUACACCAUCACACUGAUGUUAUUACAUGCUAUUCUGCUUCUGCUCUCUAUCCAUCGCUAAAUUACAUGUAUAUGUUUGUAUGUUAGAAUAAUUUAAGUGUUUAGUUAAUAAAGUCUUGUUCGUGUCA